ACUACGCUUACGCUGUUUACACUGAAGUCGACGUCGUUAGAGAUUUCAUUCAAGUUGUCAGUAUGGAGGUAAAUAUACAUAAUAUAAACUCUUUGAGUCACCUACAGCUACUGAAACGACACUAAGUGGAUGGUAUAUCAAUUAAAGGUCAGGAUCUCAAAAUGUCCCUGAAGCUCCCUCGAUUUGGGAAGUCGUUCAGUCCAAAGAAGAUUCCUCCGCGGAAAUCACCAUCGUUAUCGAGCCUUCACACAUUGGACCGGUCUACACGGGAAAUAGAGCUGGGCCUCGAGUAUGGACCUCCUUCAAUGUGCAUUGGAGGGCAUACCUUGAAAUUUGAAGAUGGACAUUGGCUAACAGAAUCAGGUGGAAAUGUAUCUGUCCGAGAAGUAGAACGUCUUAAGAAGAAAAACUUGCAGCUGGAGGAAGAGAACAAUAUCCUAAAAUUGAAGAUAGAAAUUCUUAUUGACAUGCUCACAGAAUCGACAGUUGAAUACCACCUGAUGGAGAAAGAGGUGGAGGAGAUAAAGUCUCAACAUUGAAGAAAUGACAAACAACAUGAUGCAAUGCCUUCCUCAUAGGAAGUUUUGAAGUGGAAUGAUGUGUUUUGUUCAGUACCUACAGAUGAAGACCCCAACGUUUUACCAGUCAAUGACUGCAUUGCAUAGUACGGACUUGAGCAAUACCAUGUUUGAUGAACUAGGUUGAUCUGAUAUGUUUUUUUAAUUGACUUUUUUUAUUAUUACCUACUGUAUAUUCAAUAUUCAUCUGUUUGAAAAAUGAUUUUUUCUAUUUAUCUUCACAUUAAAGUGAAAUACGUAACAAUGAAAA